CGCUGCGCGCGUCAGGCGGCUGGGUGGGAGAGCCGGCAGGUGACACCCGGCGGCCUCCUCCCCUUUCCAGCCCAGUCGGCGGCGGGGACAGCAGGGGCCGCUGUGAGGAGCUCCGCGCUCGCGCCGCCCGCCGCCGCCCUUGGCUCCGGCUCGCGCCAGGCGCUUCGGCUCCGCUCCCCGUGAGAUACUUAGGAACUUCAAGCAGUCAUCCCUGAUAUAAGAGGUUAGUUUACAACUUGGAUAUAUGUGCUGAUUCAAAGAUCUGUCCCCAUAUUUCACAUCUCUCGCAUUUAAACUUCCCUUUUCGAACUGCUUUCGUGGCAUUCCCUAAGUUUUGAACCCAUUAAAAGAGCCGGUAAAUCCUGUGGAAAAUGGCCUUCAGCGAUCUUACAUCGAGGACUGUGCGUCUUUAUGAUAAUUGGAUCAAAGAUGCUGAUCCAAGAGUUGAAGAUUGGCUCCUCAUGUCCUCGCCUCUGCCGCAAACCAUCCUCCUAGGACUGUAUGUCUAUUUCGUCACUUCUCUGGGACCAAAGCUUAUGGAAAAUCGCAAGCCCUUUGAACUCAAGAAAGUGAUGAUAACGUACAAUUUUUUCAUAGUACUAUUUUCUGUGUAUAUGUGUUAUGAGUUUGUGAUGUCUGGCUGGGGUACAGGUUAUUCAUUUCAAUGUGAAAUUGUUGACUAUUCAUGGUCACCCACAGCUUUGAGGAUGGCACGUACCUGCUGGCUUUAUUACUUCUCCAAAUUUAUUGAGCUAUUAGAUACGAUCUUUUUUGUUCUGCGCAAGAAAAAUAGCCAAGUGACUUUCCUUCAUGUAUUUCAUCAUACCAUCAUGCCAUGGACCUGGUGGUUUGGAGUCAAAUUUGCUGCAGGUGGUUUGGGAACAUUUCAUGCCUUUCUGAAUACAGCUGUACAUGUAGUCAUGUAUUCCUACUAUGGACUCUGUGCACUGGGACCAGCCUACCAGAAGUAUUUGUGGUGGAAAAAAUAUUUGACAUCAUUACAGCUUGUCCAGUUUGUUAUUGUCACCAUCCACAUAGGCCAGUUCUUUUUCAUGGAGGAUUGCAAGUAUCAGUUUCCAGUCUUUCUGUACAUCAUUAUGAGUUAUGGUUGCAUCUUUCUGCUGCUCUUUCUCCAUUUUUGGUACCGUGCUUACACCAAAGGUCAGAGGUUGCCCAAAACUGUGAAAAAUGGAACUUGCAAAAACAAAGAUCACUGAAGCACAACAUAAGUCUAUGAUCAAAAGUGAUAUAUUGUCUUCCUUGACAAUCAAGAGAUAUUUACCUAUGCAGUGCAUUUUGUAUAUUUUUCAAAACUAAGAGCUUGUAUUUUUAUGAUAAGUUAUUGGGAUGUCUGAUAUUUGAGAGCCUGAAGCUCCCAGAUAACAGUCUUCUGAUAGUUAGAGCCUACAGCAGCCAGAGUUUGUUUGUUUGUUUUUUUUUAAAGGGGCUUUUAAACCUAAUCCAAAGGUUUUGUUUAACACAUUUUGUUACAGUGAAAGGAAGAUAUGAAGCAAUACAGUACUCUUCAAGGAAGUCCAGUAAAGAUGAAAAAUAUCAUUAGAUAUUUUGAGCAAGGACAGAGAUUCAUGUGAUACCAUAGAUUCCCUCUGCUGGGUCUGGAAACCUCCAACCAUAGGCCCUGACUUUGUCAUUUAUUGACUAUAUUCAGAAGAUGCUAUAUUUGCUCUAGAGUUAAUUCCCAUUUUAGUGAGCUAACAGGUGAAAAUUGAGUGAGUUUUUGAUAACUUGUCAUUUAAAAUCACUAAUGAUAAUUUUCAAAGGAUCUUUUUCGUAACCAUCACCAGUUCUGCUGAUAAGACUUCCUCACAACCCUUUUGUUGUACAAACAGUUUCGAAGUAGCAAUCCUUUGGGUUAGUACCCUGAUGCACUUCACACCAAGUUUCAUUCAGUUGAUUGUUUUAAAAAUAAGAUGAUUUGUUUUAAUGGGUUAAUGAACAUUUUGCUAUUACUGUUUUACAAUUAACUAUAUCUCUGGAAAGAGGUGAAUUUGCCAAUGAAAAAAGUACUGUGUAGUUCAGUGGGAAAAAUCUGUUGUCUGUUAUAGUAUCACACCACU